AUGAGCCGUUCCUCCCUCAUUCCCACCCAGGAAUCCGGCUACGGGUCCACCCCCGCGGUGGUUUCCGCCAAGAAGGAGUCCUCCCCCUUCACCCGCAACCGCGUCAUCGCGCUCGCCUGCUCCGCGCUCGGCCUCAUCGCCGUCGUGGGCUUCGGCUCUCGCAUGAACUCGGAUGCUGCCCUCGGCAACCCCUUCCAGCAGAUCAUGCACGCUCAGGCUAAGCAGUACGAGGCCCUCCAGGCUUCCAAGGCUGCGGGCAUCAAGAUGCUCUCCACCAUGCCUGUCCGCCCCGUCUUCGCGCCCAACGCCCGCGCCCAGCUCGGUGCCUCCGAGUACCAGCGCUGCGUCGCGCACGACUCCAAGCCCUCCGAGGGCUACAACGUCUCCGACUCUGACCAGAUCCGCCGCGAUCUCGUCUUCGACGUGUCCCGCGAGGACUACCCCGCGGUCACCGCCUACAAUGAUUCCAAGACCCUGCUCGCGGACGUCUCCUGCAAGGUGACUCCCCCCGGCAAGUUCCUCGACACCGAGCUCUGCAUGUCCCGCACCGACUUCUGCGACCAGUCCUGCAAGAUGCCCGUCCCGGCCAACUGCGACUACACCACCAAGUCCUUCGGCGCUUGCGAGCCCUCCGUCCGUACCAUCUGCAACGGCAUCACCACCUUCCACUACGAGUGCGAGACCAUGCAGGAUGAGCUCCAGCACGUCACCAACGAGUACGAUGCCCUCUCCCCGGGUGUUCCCCCCUGCCGCGUCGACGCCGAUGCCCCCUUCGCCAAGGCUGCCUACGCGCAGAUGAAGUACGAGGCUGCCUACGUCGACUGGGUCAACGCCGUCAACGACGCCACCGAGGUGUGCACCAUCGGCCACGCCCUCUGGGUCCACAACCUCGGCCUCUACCAGGCUCACUACGACGCCAUGGAGAACACCAUCGGCGACCUCAAGGCUCUGUGCAACGCCUCCAACCCCGAGGAGGAGUUCGACAUCUCCGAGGCCGUCGCCGAGGCGUCCAAGUCCUACUUCAAGCCCUCUUCCGGUCCCCACAAGGGCCGUAAGCUCGUCUGGUGGCAGCAGCUCUGCGAGCCCUCCAUCGCGGCUCUCGAGGAGCUCCUCAAGUCUCUUGAGAUUGCCUCCCCCCAGCUCAUGUGCUUCGCCGAGACUUGCCAGAUGAAGAAGGCUGCCGAGGCUGACGCGUUCGAGGCUCUCGUCGCCGCGCACAACAAGUUCUCCAUCGCCUACUCCGCGUACACCACCGAGGUUGACGCCUACAACAAGAAGGUUGAGGCCAAGGAGACCGCCCUCGCCGUCGCCAUUGCCGCCUUCGAGUCCUUCCACCCCGUCAAGGACAAGAUCGCCAUGUCCUACACCAAGGUUGUGUCCGCGUUCGAGAAGGUUGACGAGGCGUUCGACCCCGAGAACCCCGUCUGCCCGGUGAUCCCCGGCGUCUACCCCCUCCUCGACCCGUGCCAGACCCAGACUCUCUGCCACGAGAUGAUGAAGAAGCACUUCGACGAGUACGUCGACGUGGACACCUGCUCUGCCAAGGACACGGACGGUGCCAAGCACGCGAUCUGCAACCCUCCCCCCUCCCCCCCUCCUCCUCCUCCCUCCCCCAGCCCUCCUCCUCCCCAGCUCUCGCCGGAGGAGCGUGCGGCUCGCGCUCGCGCCGAGGCUCUCCGCAGGAACGGUGCUUCUGCGUCUGGUAUCCCCGGCUUCCUCGACGCGGCCAUGAAGGACAAGGUGAAGGAGAAGGUCGUCCAGGCGGUUGUCGACGAGCUCGAGGAGUCCCGCCGCUAGACAAAUUAAGAUUCAAGCAAAGGGCCUGUCGCGUUUUUGGGGGUCAACUGACCAUUGACACCCAUACGCGCUCGCUCAUCGCGUAAACAUGUUUUUGUCCCUUGAAACUCUUAGAGAUGCCGAUUGUAAUGUUAAGCACAGCUCGGUGUUCGAAAAAAAA